AUGGCCGAGGGGCGCCCGGCGGCGGCCCUGCAGCCCACGCCGGCGCCCGAGGUGCUGGGCGAGGUGCUGAGCGCCCGCUUCGGGCCGCUGCCGCGCGCCGCCGCCAUCGCCCGCGUGAAGAAGCGCCCCUCGGGGGGGUACGAGGCGGCGGGCGACCUGGCGGAGGUGCUGGAGCGCCGGCGGGCCGCCAACGCCAAGGAGCGCCAGCGGAUCAAAAACCUCAACAGCGGCUUCUCGAAGCUGAAGACCAUCGUGCCCUUGAUCCCCCGAGACCGGAAGCCCAGCAAGGUGGACACGCUCAAAGCCGCGGCCGAGUACAUCCGCCUGCUGCGCUCGGUGCUGGAGGAAGCGGGCGGCGAGCGCCGGGAAGACGCCGCGGAGCAGCAGCCCGCCGCGGCCCGGCCCUCGGGCAGCGCCCAGGCCCCCGGCGAGCGGGCCUGGCCGUGGGGCGCCGACGCGCCGGGGCGGCCGCCGGACGGCGGGAGGCCGGUGUUUCAAGCCAAUCGCUAGAGCAGCGGGAUGCC